AUGAGCACAAAGAUGAAGAAGGGGAUCCUGAGGCCCUUCCGCUACUUCUCAAACAUAAUGGAUGCUAAGGAACAAGAAUUGCAAAUUGGUUUCCCAACGGAUGUGAAACAUGUGGCACAUAUCGGAUGGGAUGGACCUAGUGUCCCAAACAAGGAGAAGGAGGCAGGAGCACCUAGUUGGAUGAAAGACUACCACUCAGCACCACUGGAUUCAGCCUCGUUUAGGAGUGAUAGGGGAGGUUCUGCUGCCUCUAACCCAUGGGCUUCUCAAGAAAUAGUUCUAGAUGGAGCGGGCCUGGGAGAUACCUCUUUCGGGGAUACUAAAAGUGAAGCUGGUGGAAUCGAUGUCACUGUUGGUGACUCCCCUCCGUCCCCGGGCUCCCGCCGGUCAAGGCGAAACCGCUCUCGGGGUUCUGACACCUCCUCUAUGGAUGUCACAACAGGCAAUACUGAGAUCUUGGAGAAGAAGGAGAAGGCCAAGAAAGGCACCCGAAAGAAUAGAAAGAAAGAUAAGGACAAGGCAGCUGAGGACACUGCCGGUUCCACCUGUCAGGACCUCCCCGCAGUGCCCAAGAAGUCCAACCGCAGAAAAAACAAAGGAAGCUCUGAAGGAAGUGGUGGUGCAUCGACCAAGGAUGGUGGAGGUGGACCAGAGGUGGGCACAAUACCGCUAACUCUGGUGGCCGACGAAGAAAAGGAUCACGAAUUGUAA